AUGGCGCGGCCGGCAGGAGCGAAGGGCGCACGGGCGCAGGGGCUGCGGGCGGCGACGAGAGCGGCAGCUGGCGUAGGGCGGCGCGGGGCUGCAGCGGCAGGAAGGGGAGGCCAGGGGCGCGACGCGGGCGCGGCGGAACGGCGGGCGAGCAGCGCAGCGGCAGAGGAGGCGGGCAAACGCGGGCGAACGACACGGGCGGCGGCUACGCGGGGGGGGGGGUUGCAGGCGUGCGAGCUCGCGCGCAGCCACGGGCGCGAGGCAACCAUCGGCGCGGGCCGCGCGGCGGGGCGCCGCGAGCGCGAGCGCGAGCGCGGGGCAGAGGAGAAGUGGGCGGGAGGUGCUCACGGCGGUGCAGGGAUCGGGGCAAUGGUGCUCGUGGUGGGGGACGGGGACGACGGCGUCGACGUAGACAGGGAGGAAGACCGGCGAUGGCGGCCUCCGGCGAGGUAG